GGCAAUUAUGACCGGCAGCGUGUGAACAGCUGGUGAACGUGCGGGGCCAAGUUUACUGCUUUUAUACUCUGUUUAUUGUUUUUAAGAGCGUGUCUGCCGCGCCACCAGCUGCUGAGAUGAUGAGCUCGGAGUCCCUGCGGCCGACCCCGACCCCGAACUCGGGGCGCAAGGCCGCCCUCGGCAAGCUCGCCUCCCGGCUGGAGGAGGUGAAGAACCCGUGGCGCCAGGGCUCCACCCUGGAGCUGAGCCACAACGAGGCGGCCCGCCUGGCCACGGACGCGCUGCUCGAGUCCGGCGAGAAGGAGUACCGUCGCGUGCUGGCGGACGAGCGCGAGCUCAGCUUCCUGUCCUCGCUGGAGAUCAAGUUCAUCACGGAGAACGCGGCGCGGGGCGCGGCGGAGGACGCGAGCGGCGGCGGCGGCGGCGGCGGCUCGGAGCGGGACUGCGGCGACGGGGACGCGCUGUCCGAGCUCACCUCCGGCACAUACUUCCCCAUGAUGUCGGACGAGGAGCCGCCCGUGCUGGAGCUCGGCUGGCCGGACCUGCCCGCCCGAUUGGGGCCGUCGGACACACAGAUCUACUUCCAGCGGGACAAGUCGCACAACGUGAAAGAUCUCGUCCGAUCGCUGAUCAAUAAAGCCAAGAAGGUGAUCGCCCUGGUAAUGGACCUCUUCACAGAUGUUGAUUUGCUGUGUGACCUCAUGGAGGCCUCCAACAAGCGCAGGGUCCCCGUCUAUAUCCUCCUGGACGAGAAGAACCUGAGUUACUUCACUGACAUGUGCAAAGCGCUGGACAUCGACAACUCGCACCUUAGUAACAUGCGUAUUCGGAGUGUGUGUGGAGAGACGUACUGCACCAAGUCUGGGAAGAAAUUCACUGGCCAAGUGCAGGAGAAGUUCCUCAUUAUUGACUGCGAGGAGGUUAUUACAGGAUCAUACAGCUUCACGUGGCUGUCGGCGCAGGUCCACAGCAACUUGGUGCUGCACUUCUCCGGCGGGAUCGCCGAGAGCUUCGACCGGGAGUUCCGCUGCCUCUACGCAGACUCGCAGAUCAUCGGUUGCUUCCACAACCCUGACGAGGAGGGCCUUCCUUACUACCCGUACUCCAUGGUGGCACCCAGCAUGGGUUUGGACGUGUUGCACGAGAGGCCGCGGGAGAAGGUGCGCUCGGAGCACUCGAGCAGCCAGUCCAGCAACAGCGUCUCUAGCAUCAAGAAGGCCCCUGCGAUGCAUAACGCGGUCUACAAGGUGGAGCUCGACAGGAAAGAGCCCAACGGCACUUUCUUCAGUCCAGACAGGAGAGGCAGCCAGCAGGGAGUCAGAGGCUCCCCGGGUAGCCCUGUUCAUGGUCCCAUAGCAGAACACCCCACAUCUGGAGCAGGCCUGUCUGUUGGGGUCGAAUGGUCCAGAGCUGCUCCUGUGGACUCCUACAGGGCCAACGUUGGAGGUACUACGUCAAAGAUGCAGGCUCUGGGCCUAUAUGACCAGAAACAGAACAACUUGCAGAGCUCGUCCAUGUCCCCACCUCCAGUGGAUUUCAGAAGUGCCAGCAAGAGCAAGAAUCACUCCAAUCCACUCUUGCACAAGAUCUCAGACUUCUUCUCAACCUCGGGAAAGGACAGCUACACGUUAAAGAAGUCUCCACCGCAGAGCAUGGCAUUUGGGGGGCAAGACCUGUCCCAGGCGGAGCCCGAGAACAGCCAUCCCCCACCUGUGCCAACACCAGUUACGAUGAACAAACUGACCCGUCAGGACAAUAGGAGGAUGACCCUGGGCCACAGUAAGCUUGACCUGGUCAACCACUACAACAAGAUGAAGACCAAGAAUGUCUACAGCAGGUUCGAAUUAAAGAGCAACAACUGAUGCGGUCGGACGUUGUGCCGCGGAGAGACGGCCGUCUGCCAACGUACAGAGGUGGAAGGGUGGGGACCACAGACUGUCAGUUGCAAACAAAGACUUUCCACCUCUACAUUCCAACUAAAGUGCCUUUAUAAGUUCUGCUGUUGCAGGUUUUUACAGAAGACAAGUUUGACUUGAAGUCUGUAUUUUUUUUUUGUAAUUUGUUUUAUCCCCCCCACUCCGCUUCCUUAAAUGACUUAAGUUGUUUUCAACUCAACAUCUGGUAUAAUAAGAAAUUUGUAUAUCUUCAGGUUGACUACUUCAUAGGUGUGCUUUUAAUGCCAUGAAAUGAAUUUCACUUUACUGUGGAUUGUUACUUGAAUUUUAUUAAUUCUGGCAACAGUAACACACUUCUAUAGAUAAAUGUACAGAAUUGCUGCACUCAUAUGAUUGGACAUAGUGUGUCCAUACGGGACCGCAGUUACUGUGCUUUUUAAUGUACAAUAUUUGUAACUGAUGUUUAUAGCUCUAAACAGUUGUGUUUUUAUACACAGUCUUUAGUGCUUUAAGGUCAGAAAUGUGAACUGUGCAACACAAGCGGAACAACAGGUUUGUUAUAUAAAGUGACAUUUAGAGGAUUUCCACUGCAGGGUUUUCCUUCUGAACAUCUUCUCUGGGUUUGGGCUUUCAGCACUAAAAAAUAUGAUGUAUGAAAUGGUGUGUGUACAGUAUAGUUAUUAUAAGGGAAAGCUGAUGAUUAUUAAAGCGGCAGUUUCAGAUUACACUGUAAUGUGUGUAAAAGUACCCAAAGGAAACUGUUACAGGUGGUACAGUGAUACAGCAGUAUCUGUCAUUUUCAUCCGUUGUAUAAUGAACUGGUUGUGAAAAGUGCAAGAACUUUUUUUUUUAUUUAAAUUUGGUAUUUUGUUGCUUUUGUUAAUAAUAGAAUGCUUUCCAUUUAUAUUGUA